UUUGGUAUUUUGGCUCUGAUGCUUCACUCGAAAUUAAAAUACCAAUUCGAUGGUUUGCAUUUGAGCUGUCUUUGCCCGAGCAGAGUAUUGUAUCAGUUAAGGAAGCUUUAUGCAUUGGAGAAAGAUACGGGAUGAAUGAGGAAGAUACUAAACAAGCUUUGAAAUAUUUCCAUGAUGUGAGUCUCAUGUUAUAUUAUCCAGAAGUUACAAAUGUUGUAUUUAUCGAUUCUAAACCAAUCCUCGAGAUUCUCUCACAGUUAUUAGCUCUCGCGUAUGUCACUAAAAUUGAUGCCCUAGAAUUAAUCAUAGACAGACCUCUUCCUCUAAAAAUUAAAAAAAAUUUCAAGGAAGGAUUUUUCAAUGAAGAUAUUUUUGAGCGUUUGAAGGCAAAGUCUGUCAUAUUUUCCUUGCCAGAGUUCCAGUUGUGUGACCUAAUCAGACUCCUCCUUCAUCUUAAUAUCAUCACAAAACUAGAAGAUGAACCAAAGGGACACUACUUCAUUCCUUAUGCUCUUCCUUCAUACAAUGAACCAGUUUCAAUAAAGGAGACUAAUGCUAAGCCACUUCUCAUAGUCUGGAGGGAAGAGAAAAGUGAAGAGAUUUUACCAGUUCCUACAGGAUUGUUCCCUUUAACCAUCAUACACUUACUCAACCAGAAAGAAUACGUUACUAAAAUCUCUCCGUUGACAUCAGCAAGUUACAAAUUUCGAAAUGCCAUGUCCCUUAAGAUAACCUUCACACAAAAGCACACACUUCACCUCAUCAACUGUUACACUCAUAUUGAAGUGUACUUUACUGGUCCUACCCAGCACUGUCCAUUAGUACGUAAGCUACUCACAACAGCUGUUGAUAAUAGCAGUGAUGUCAUGCACCUCAAGCAUAAUCACGUCAAUGCAUUUGCUUGCCCUAACAACGAGAGCUGCUAUUGCAUUGUAAAUGAAGAUCAUCAUAAGGUAGCUGAUUGUACAGUUUGUGGUGAAUCUCCUGCUCUUAGCAAUGACUACUGGACCUGGUUUGAUGAUGCACAAGGACCUAAUGAGAGUAACAAUGGAACACAAAUAGAACAAGAUAAUGAUCAGCCAUCAGAUGAAA